AUGGUCGCGCUCUACCGCCAACACUGCCAUCGCCAGCCCGUCUGGUUAUUCAGCGACGCGGAGCUUGAGUCACUUUCCGAACAGCCCGAGGAGUUGUUGCUGGCAAUGCUCGCUAUAACAACGCGAUUCUCCGAAAGCGCACACUUCCGAGACAAAAACAGAAACGACAUGUCACAGCGGUUCGGCGACGCGGCUCGGAACCUAGUGAUGCUCAAGAUCGCGAACGCUGGCGUUGGCCUCGGCACGAUUCAAAGCCUGUGCCUUCUUGCGUGGGCGGGAUUUGCAGGGGGGAACAAUAUGCUGACGCCCACUCCAUGGGGGAAGACAGCCAGAGACACAUUCCUCGCGCCGCUGCAUUUGAACCUGGCGCGCGAUCUCCUGAGGUCGGCUGGUCUUGACCUGCGCUCACACGCUCUGACACCGGCCGACCAGCCGACCAAGAGGCUCUUUUGGAGCAUCUACCUCCUGGAACAGCUGUACGGGACUCAGGGGAGCCGGGUGAUAUCGCUUCGAGACGGGCUCGACAACAUCCGAUACUGCGUGACGGUCGGGGAGCAUGCCAGGCGGGCGCUCACUCUGGAACCACCCCAGAUCCCUGACGACGCCUCGGUCGACGGCGACUCGCUGGACCACGGCAUCUGGAGCUCCACACUGUGCCUGAGCACGUUGUGGAACGAGGUCAGGAACUACAUCCAGCUGUGCGCGUCGGACUUUGAACGCGCCCCCUGGGCCCCGGAGUCGUAUUACACGCUGAUCGGGUCGUACAUGCACGAGCUGGAGACGCAGCUGCCGCAGCCCCACCGGUCCAACGGGAAGCAGUUCUCGCAGUGUCCCCCGGCGGUCCUGGAGCAGGAGAGGUCGUACUGGGCGCCGUGGGUGUUUCUGCAACUCAGCUACCACGGCAUCUACACCGUCAUCAACCAUCCGUUCCUCCUGACGUCGCGGCUGCAGUCGCUGCGCCUGAAGAUCCCCAACACCUUCUGGGGGAGGUCGGCCGAGGCGGCCCUGGUCCAUUCCACGUGGGUCUGCCGCCUGAUCACCAUGGUCCAGGGAAAGGGGUUUGAUCUCUCGGAUCCCUUCCUGGGGUACAUCGUCGGGGUAGCCGCCACCGCCCAGCUCUUCUACUCGUGCUCCCAGAACGAAGAGCUGAGCCGGAACGCACGCGAGAGCUUCGAUAAAUGCAUGGCCUUCCUCGACGGCCAGGCCGCCGUGUGGCAGUGGUGUCGUGGUAUUAAACAAAAUCUAGAGUUACUGGCCAGCCAGGCCUUCGACGGCGGCACCACGUCCCGAGUAAUCUCCAUCGACACGACGCUGAUGCUCGACAUCUUCGACUACAGCCGAUGUCGAGAAGCUGACCACCCGGCCAUGUCUGCGUCUACCGGUGACGGACCAGGACACAGGUUGUUCGACGGCAGUCUAUCGCUCAGAGGCGACCGCAUCGGCAGUCAGCUGGCGACCAUGGAAAUGUCCGAGGAUCCAAGCGAUGCUGCCGCCGGCAGGCCCGUGGCACCACCGGUCUGGCGACCUGCUUCAGCGAGUAGCGGCGGCGGAAGGGGCGGCGAUGGUAGGAGUGGUGGUAGUGACGUGGAAAUGAUCCCAGACUCGGGUGCCACACCAACGCAUAACCCCAUAAGGCAAUCAGCGGCUGAGGUUGUUCACGCAGACUUGGAACUGUUUGCCUUGCCGGCCGAGGCCUUUAGCGACGGUCUUCUCCAGAACAUUUUCGGCUCAGAGUCUGACUGGUGGAACGUCGAUGCCUGA